GCUGUUUCUCCUCCUUCAGGCGACUCCUAACGCUGCUCCUCGAGCUCUAGUCGACGGCGAGAGGGAUCCGGGUGUGGCGUCGCGGUGAGGACGGCGGACGGCGCUGCUUCUCUCCCUUUCAGAUGUCGCUGGUUCGGCGGCCGGUGCUGGUGCAUGGCGACGUCCGGCUUCUGCUUCUUCAUCGACAGCGACGCGACUAAGGGCGAGGACGGCGGUGGUUGGCGGUUCUCUGUCAACGAUGGCACUGCGAGGAGGAUAAUCGGCGACGUCGCGAUUUGGAGUCCUGGGCAGUUGGCGGCGUCGCGGACCAGCGCUAUGGUGAAGCGAGAUGGCGAGGCAGGGAAGGCGGAUGCGAAUUCUAUUUCCCGGCAGCUUCGCGGCGAGGAGAGAUGGCAGAUGCGGGCUGGAUUGCCGUCGGUGUCACUGUCCUCUCCCCUCCUUCAGGCGGCUGCUGCUGGAUUCCUUCGCUGCUUCUUCCCGGCUAGUUUUCCGGCGAUUCUUUGGACGAAGAACAGAGAUGUCAUCUAGUGUGGGCUCCUGAAGCCCGAUGAGCUCAGGGAGCUCAUCUGAGUUUACCUUCCCGAUUAUGGACUAUGAUGACUACUCACAGUUUUUGAUAGGCGAAGACCCCUAUGUUCCUGGCUACGCUC